AUGCAACCAGAAAGGCGCCAAAGCGCCAGCAAUAAGCAAUCCACAAAGUACACAGGCGGCCCUCUGGCUUUACCGCCCUGGAAGCCGGCGAACCAGGCUCAGGCAAGACCAAGUUUGUCCGCACUGUCGCUUCAAGAGCUGGAAAACCAAUUACAGGCAGCACUUUGUCCGCAGGGUACGCAUAGUCGUUAUGUCGAACCAGUCAACGUUGUGAGACUGGGAGAAGACUGCCAAGUUGGUCCGACUCCAGGCUACCCAGCGAGCCCGGGCGUACGUCCGUACCCCUAUACCGGCUUACCGCACCCGAAAGUAGUGUCCAUCGGUGAAAUGGAGACUAGCGGGAUACAAAGUCUCCUCGAGCUGAGCAUCAACAAGUUCCGGAAACUUCUCAUUGCGCCAGCAGAAGCGAAGGAAGGCGAUUGGUGUGUCAUGCAGUCGCGGCUGCUGGACGAUAUUCGGUGGAAUGGUCCAAGAGUCACCGGCGAUCGUGCAAUGCAUUGGCUGCCAGGCAACAUGAAGCGCAAGCUGUAUAGUCCGAUGUCGAAGAUCCUACAACACCUCCCGAUUGCCAAGGAAGUAAAAUCGGACAACCAGCGGGGGGCUGACUUGGAGGAAGGCGACAGAUUUCGCAUGGUGGAUGGUUUGUAUAAUCCUGGCCCCAAUUGGCGGUUUCGCUGUGAGUACACCUUCCGGACCAACGCCAAAGAGGGAGACAAGAUUGAGCCUGUCCUGCUUGAUAUGACUUGCAAUCCCAUGGACGGCGUCAUGGUCCUGUUGGAAAGCAAAGUCACCAAGAUCAGACCCCCUGAACAAGAUGCGUUUCAGAAGGAGGCGCCCGCUGCGAUCCACACGACGGCUGUUCCCAGUAUGCUCAAACUCAUCUGUCGGAUCACUCACUCGAACAUGCUGCAAGAAGGUUCGAGCGACAUUAGUGCUCCUGCAGCAUGGCUGUGGGGCCUCCCAUCACUCAGUAGCAGACAAACUUCCAGCGCGAUAGGGCUUUCUACGCUCUCCUGGCGCUCCCGAGAUGCUAGGACGUUGCAUGGACCUUAA